UGAUUGCUGUGAUCUUGCGUCCAAGUAGGAAGUUCGGCAAGCAACGGGGCAUUGGGAACAUGGAGAGAUACGACAAGGCUUCGUUGAACGCGGCUAAUGUGCCGCUCCCGGAGUUCAGUCAAAAUGAAGGUUCAUUAGUGGCUACUUUAAAGACUCUCCUGUUCUUUACCGUCUUAAUGAUAAUGUUGCCAAUUGGCCUCUACUUCUCUUCAAAGGUCUAUGUGUUUGAAGGUACAUAUGGGAUGUCUAACAGGGAUAGCUACUUUUACGCAGCAAUUGUGGCAGUGGUUGCCGUGCACGUGGUCUUGGCUAUGUUUGUAUACGUGGCGUGGAAUGAAGGCUCUCGGCAGUGGCGUGAAGGAAAACAAGACUAAGGCACCCCUUCUUCGCAAAACUUGGAAUUGUUUGCAUUUCUUCAGUUCAAUGCUAAAUUCAUUAUUAUAUGUCCAGGAGUUAUACACACUGUAACAAAGGACUUGGUUGUGUAUAUAUUUUGGUGGUUAUGUGUUGACAUUUUCAUUUCCUAAAAUAUUACUGUGUAGAAACAUUCUUAUAAAGUGUUAUUUCCGUACUGAAGUCAGUGUUUUUGUUAAUGCUGACAUUUCAGGUUUUUGGUUUAUUUACAAGCACUGCCUAGCUCAAGUCAUUCCAAGAGUAUGCACCCCUUCCAUAUUUGUCCAUAUUACUUUAUUUAGCAGAAAAAAUGCUUGUCUAUUUCCAGGCAUCUCAAGUUUAGCCCUAUUCAACUCAACACACAUUUACGGUCGUCUGUUGGUGCUUAAUGCACUGUUGUUGUUUUACUCACUGAAGUUGGAAAUAUUAAAAUGAUAUUCCUAAA